UUUAUUAUUAUGGGUAGAAAGAAAUGAAAUGAACCUUUUCGCCUUUUUGACUGUCUUGUCAUCAACAAUUGUAUGUGUAAGCUCUAUGGGUACUAGACCAGAAAUUGUUGAUGACAUUUUACCAGAGGUGAAGCAACAAGGUCAGAUUGGGUAUCUCAACUGCUCGGUAAUAAACUUGGAUCCAUCAUCAGCGGAACUACAAUGGGUUAAACGAACAACACCAUCAGGAACACCAUUACUUAUAUCAUCGAAUGAAAAUAUCCAUAUUAAUGAUGUAGUUGAAGGUCAUCCGAAAUAUUAUAUCAGAAAAUCAGCUUAUAAUAAUAGGGAAUUGUACCAACUUAUUAUACGGGCAUUAACUGAAACUGAUGCCGGCUACUAUUCGUGUAUGAUCAGACUCUCCAAUCAGAACUAUUUACAAUGGCCGAAAAAGCUUGGUCUUCUAACUGUCCAGAUUGCACCAACAGUAAAAUUAGACAGUGCAUCAAAUAUUGUUGUUCAGGAAGGAUCUAACAUAACACUGAAAUGUGAAGCAAACGGUAUUCCAACUCCAAAUAUAACAUGGAAACGAGGCGACGGUCUUCCAUUACCAGGAGGAGGAUUUCAACAUUGGGGCGGAGUUUAUCAAAUCUACAAUAUAAAUGCAGUAAACCGUGGACAGUUUUUAUGUAUAGCUGACAAUAAUGUGAAGCCACCAGCAGAUUACGCUGUUCAGAUAGAGGUUACGUUUUCACCAUAUUGUGAGGCUCAGUUGGAUUCUGUAGGCCAAGUUCAGAAUAGGAGAUUUAGUGCCAAAUUAGACUGCAUUGUAGCAGCAAACCCUAGAGCGGAAGUAAUUUGGUAUAAAGUAAAUCCAGCUACAGGUUCUCUCGACCAAAUUCAAGAUAAUGAUAAAUAUGAUCUGAAUCAACAAGAUGACCAGAGAUUAAAAGCUGACGAGAAGUGGUACUCACUUACAAUAAAAACUGUUCAGGGUAGUGACUUUGGAAAGUUUUUUUGUCAUGCGCAGAACCGGUUUGGUAAAGGGAACGCUUCAUUUGUACUUUUCGAAACAAUGGAAUGUCAAGGACCAAACUGUCCGUCUAUUGGCGGGAAUGGAGCACAAAAUGUACACAUUUCUGUUUUAACUUUUACACUUACAAUCAUAGCCAGUUAUUUUUUUAUAUUAUUGGAAAUAAGAUGAAUGAAGGGUUUUCUCUUGUACAAAACAAUAUGUCUCUGUUUUAUAAAUGCAUGUAACUUUUCAUUUUUGAUUUAUAUUUAUAUACUUGUAUAUAAUACACGAAGGAUCACUUCUCCUUUGGUAUUGUUUGGUUUAAUUGAAAGCAUUUAACUACCAAACUAAAUUGAUAAUAUCCAUCUUUAUGUUGAUGCACAUGAAUUGAUUGUAGUUGUGUAAUGCAACUUUCAGCACUAUUGGCUUAGGAUACCGGAGUGCCCGGAAAGAAACAUUGACCAUCGGCAGGAAAACUGGCAUUCCAGGUCAAUUAAGAUUGGAAUCGAAUGCACCUGCCACGUGCUGGGUUCGAACUCAAAACCUCAGUGUUGACAGGCUAGUGAUAUAGUAGACGAAUUACUUAGUUUACUAGACCACCGCGUCCCCUGAUGUGCAUGUACUGAAAUUUGGGAAUCACAAUACAAAUAGAGCGAUAUAUAUGUAGUAGACAAUAACCCGUUAAUAGAAGUUUCAAACUGAACCACAGUAGAUCUCUAGAUGACUAACUCUUAGAUAUCUUUUCUUUAUAUAUUUGUUUUUAUAUAUACUCAAAUGACUACGAAACAUCCGGUUAUGUCUAGGGGUUGACAUUACUACUACAUUGUAUGCAUAAUACUAUAUAAUACUUGGAAGAACGCUUUAUUAGUGAGAUUUUGAAAUGCUUCAUCUCUGCUGUGUAGUUUGUUUCUUUAUUGUACAUGUUGUAUAUAUAUAUAUAUAUAAAUACUGGCUGUAUGUUAUACAUAAUACAUGUAAUAUUUUAAAGUGUUUUUCUUUUGUUGACAUUUUAAUGUAAUUGAUUUUUAUUAAAUGAAUUUUAAUGUCAACAUGCUGUUAUCUAUGCGCUUUAUUGUUAAUGGAAGAAAAUACUGAAUCACAUUGGAUGUAGAAUGUUUUAACUUUUUGGUACUAGUAUUUUUUUAAUUGUUUUCAGAAAUAUAGGUGUGAAAAAGCUCAUUUCUUUUCCGGAAAUGAGUACCAAAUUUGAUACACUGUUUAGAUCAUUAGAAAAAAAUAAAAUAUUGAUCAGGGACAAAACAAUAAUUAUAUUAGUUGUGUGAAAUCACUUUGAGCUUGAGGUAGAAAAUUAUACUUCCGAAAUGAUCGCCCCUAAUUGGCCGAUGAUAGAGGAACAUUGUGAGAACAUUGUAUUUAAAAGAAAGACAAUCAAUGAGUCAUUAUAAAUCAAAUGUUAAAAAACAAAUAGCAGUUGUAAUCUUCCUGUCUUUUUAUAUAAAAUGUUUCUAUCUGAAUGGGUUUUUUUGUGUGUGAAUUUUACUAUAGUUUUGCAAAAGGAGAUGGUUUGGAGUAGAUUUCCUAAAUGUUUUAAGCUGUAAAUAAAUCUUUGAAUGCAUGUUUGAAGGAUGACAAUACUGAGGAGACGUUUGGACAGUUAAUGAUGAAGGGAUGCCAUAGUAAAGUGUCAGCAAUGCAAAACAAUCAAAAUUAAUCACUAUCAUUUUUUGGAACAUGUUAACAAACGAAUAAUAUUUAUGUAUUUAUAGUUUAAUAUCAGUAGAAGUUAUAUGGUACAUGCAAAGUUCUUUUCAUUUUAAUCUUAAUUCAUUGUAUUGAUCAAUGGCAACAUAACACGCAUACUUGUUCAAAAUAAAAAUAUAUAUUUCAA